AAAAAAAAAGACAAAAAAAAUUUUAAUAAAACAAAAAAAGGAAAACCACAAACACAUUUGUAUUUAAUUGAUAUUUUUUUUAUCCCUUUCCGGUCUAGUAUCUUCGCCAAUUAAUGAUGAGGGUUCAUGAUUAAUAGAUAGGAUCAUUUAUUCUCAUCCUCCUUCAAUACUUCUUUUUCUUGUGUGAUAAGAACGAAAGCGCAUGCAUACGUAAUUAUUUGUUUCAAAUUACUAUCGUUAUUGUUCUAUCACCUUCUGUGCAUAUAUAUACACAAUAUAUACAUAAUUAUUAAAAUUAUCCAUGUUUGAUUCAUAGCUAAAAAGCUUUUGCAACAAAAAAAAAAAUGGAUUUCUUACCUUAAUCCAAUUCACACGCCAUUACAGGAGGCAAAAACUAUUGAAAUUGCACUCUUUAAUCUUUCUUUAACAUUUCUGUUUUUGUUUCCAAAAUUUACCCUAUAAACUCGAGUGAAAUCUGGGUUCAUAUGUACAUAUUAACAGGUAGUAUAAUACAUUAUAUCCAUAAAAGUUCUAUUAUUGUUUCAUCUUCUUUAUAAAGAUCCUUUCUGGGCUUUAUUUUGUUUUGCCCAUUUUCAUCAUUUCUUGUUUUUGAUUUUGAUUUUGCAAUCUUUUCAAGAUUGGAAUCAAAAUCAAAGACGUGUAAUAUUCUAAUUAUCUUUUCCCUCAACACUUUUUGAUCUUAUUACAAUUUGUGAGUAAUCCAAGGUCAUACUCUUUGUCUUUUUGAACUUUUUUCCUUCUGGUCCCCUCUCUCUCUCUCUCUCUCUAUAUAUAUAUAUAUAUAUAUAUCCACAUUCGAUAUAUUGUUCCAAAAUAUCAUUCUUUUACACAUGCAUUGUCUCCUUAAUAGUAUCAUCAUAGAAUUUGUUGGCCAAGAACUCUGCCUUCUCAUCACAUUGUAUUCAUUUUGAGGUAAAAUCAACCCAAAGUUUCAAUCUUUAACACAUUUUUUGCCAAAAUCCCCCAAAGGGUCUUCCCCAAAAGCAUCAUUUUGAGCUAAAACCAACAAAAAGCUUCAAUCUUUAACACAUUUUAGUCCAAAAUACCCAAAAGGGUCAUCAAGAAAACCAUCAAUGGCACCAUUAUUUAGCUGGUUAUGGGGUAAAGAAAUCCAAAGAGGUACACCUGUUGUAGUAAAAAUGGAAAACCCAAAUAACUGGUCAAUGGUUGAGUUAGAAUCACCAUUAGAAGAUGAUUUCUUAUUAACAACAAAUGACAACAAUGUUUCAAAGGUGAAAAACAAGAAUGCAAAACAACUAACAUGGGUUCUUCUUCUUAAAGCACAUAAAGCAGCAGGUUGUUUAACAUCAAUUGCCUCAGCAUUAUUCAGUUUUGGUUCAGUUAUUCGACGUCGUUUAACUACUGGAAAAACAGAUUCCAUGGGCAAUAGCAGGUUUUAUUCAUGUAUAAAAGUAUUCCUAUGGUUGUCCUUAAUCUUGUUAGGUUUUGAAAUAGCUGCAUAUUACAAAGGCUGGCACUUUAUUAGUACUAAUGAUUUGUAUACAUUGGAAAAUCCAUUAGCUAUGAAGGGUGUGUUUGAUUUGAUGUAUUCCAUGUGGGUUUUAGUUAGAGUUGAGUAUCUUGCUCCACUUCUUCAAUUAUUGGCCAAUGUAUGUAUUGUCCUAUUUCUUAUCCAGAGUUUGGAUAGAUUGGUACUCUGUUUGGGUUGUUUUUGGAUAAGGAUAAAGAAGAUUAGGCCAGUUUUGAAAGAGGGUGAAGUUGAUCUUGAGGCUGGUGAUGGUGGUUACUAUCCUAUGGUUCUUGUUCAGAUUCCCAUGUGUAAUGAAAAAGAGGUUUAUCAGCAAGCUAUUGCAGCUAUGUGCAAUUUGGAGUGGCCUAAGUCGAAAUUGUUGAUACAAAUUCUUGAUGAUUCGGACGAUUCCACGACGCAGAUGUUGAUUAAAGAGGAGGUACAUAAAUGGCAGAAGGAUGGUAUAAACAUUGUAUAUCGUCAUAGAGUGAUUAGAGAGGGUUACAAAGCUGGCAAUCUUAAGUCAGCCAUGAACUGCUGUUAUGUCAAAGACUACGAAUUUGUUGCCAUUUUCGACGCUGAUUUUCAACCAUCACCUGAUUUUCUUAAGAGAACUGUUCCUUACUUCAAGGAUAAUGAGGAUAUAGGGUUGGUUCAAGCAAGGUGGUCCUUCGUGAACAAGGAAGAAAAUCUUCUAACAAGGCUGCAGAACAUCAAUUUGGCCUUUCAUUUUGAAGUCGAACAGCAGGUGAACGGGAUUUUCCUAAAUUUCUUUGGAUUUAAUGGGACUGCUGGAGUAUGGAGGAUUAAGGCAUUGGAAGGUUCCGGUGGUUGGUUGGAGAGGACAACAGUUGAGGAUAUGGACAUUGCUGUUCGGGCUCAUCUCCAUGGAUGGAAAUUCAUCUUUUUGAAUGAUGUCGAGUGCCAGUGUGAGGUACCAGAAUCAUACGAAGCGUAUCGUAAGCAACAACAUAGAUGGCAUUCGGGGCCGAUGCAGUUGUUCCGUCUUUGUUUUCCUGCCAUCAUUGGAUCAAAUAUAAGCAUUUGGAAGAAGGGCAACUUGAUAUUUCUUUUCUUCCUUCUAAGGAAGCUAAUACUUCCAUUUUAUUCUUUCACUCUGUUUUGCAUAAUCCUCCCAAUGACCAUGUUCAUUCCCGAGGCUACGCUCCCCAUAUGGGUUGUGUGUUACAUCCCUGCCACCAUGUCAUUUCUCAAUAUACUUCCAUCCCCUAAAUCUUUCCCUUUCAUCGUUCCAUACCUUCUAUUUGAGAACACCAUGUCUGUGACAAAGUUCAAUGCCAUGAUCUCGGGCCUCUUUCAACUUGGAAGUUCUUACGAAUGGAUUGUAACUAAGAAAUCAGGACGUUCUUCCGAGGGUGACCUUUCCUUGUUGGUUGAUGAAAAACCAAAACAUCAAAGAGGUAUUUCGGAGCCUAAUUUGGAAGACUUGAAGGAGGAAAUUAAGCAGAAAGCUCGAAAGUCUUCUUUGCGGAAGAAGAAGCACAACAGAAUCUAUACGAAAGAAUUGUCUCUCGCUUUCUUGCUGUUGACAGCUGCAGUAAGGAGCCUCUUAUCAGCUCAAGGAAUCCACUUUUAUUUCUUGCUGUUUCAAGGGAUAUCAUUCCUCUUAGUCGGGCUAGACUUGAUUGGUGAACAGGUUGACUAGUCGAAUAUGGAUAGGCUUCAUGCGGAUAUAUACUAUUUCAGCUCAACUGUCAAAUCCGAGACAGGACGCUGACCUGGCAUUGGUGCGGUAUAUAAAUUUGAAAACCCGGGGAAGUUUUGGAGAGAUGAUGGCGCUAUUUGCCUCUCCUCCGAACGUUAAACCCCAAAUACCAACUCAAGUAGAAGAUCAAGUGGUAGAAAAGCGCGCAGCAUCGUUGAGUACAGAAAACCAUCAAGAAUGGUGAUAACAUAAAUCAUUACAGUUAAGGCUCUACUCCCCCUUUUCUGUCCUAUAAUUUCUUUACAUUUGGAUUCUUUUAUUUGGUACAUUGUUUUGUAAGAAGAAUUUGUUGUAGAAAGUUUAUACGGAACCUGAUGAAAGUUGAUAUCAACAGCAACAUGCAUCUGUUUUUGUUUCCCUUCUACACAAUGAAAAAUCAUUCUCUUUUCAUUGUCUCCGAUAGUUUCUAAAGUUAUGAAGGGAAUUCAAAUUCUCAGGUAGCACUUGUAGUGAAAACUUAUAUCUUGUAAAUAAAGGAUUGU